UUCAGACACAAGUGUAAAAACCCCCAUAGUCUGACUUCUCCAUACAAUGCAGCGCUUUUGAGGAGAUAUGGUCUUCACGAUUUGACAGAGAGACAGCUUUUCCAGCUGUUACUGCAGAAUGACCCUUAUCUGCUUCCCGAGAUCUGCCCACAUUACAACAAGGGCAACGGCCCGUAUGGUUGCUGCAAGUUCACCACUUCCUGCACAAAGCUUCAUGUCUGCCAGCACUAUCUCCAGGGAGACUGUAAGUUCGGCUCUUCGUGUAAGAGAGCCCAUAAAAUUGACGCUAAUCCAACGAAGAUCUUCAAUGGAUUCAGUCAGGAGAAUAUUAAAAACCUUCAUGAGAUCUACAGAAAUAAAUUCAUCAUCACGGGUCAGCGGGAGAGACGGGCUACUGCUGCUCCAGUGUUGCCAGAGGUGAAAAUCACCACUCCUAAGCCUUCACACAGCAGCCCUGGAUCCCCCACCAGUUCUGCUUGCCCAUCUACACCCAUGAGCGAUGCUGAUAGGAAUGAAAUCUGCCUCUUCUUCAUUCGCAGACACUGCAGCUUCAAAGAGAAGUGUGCUCGUGUCCAUUGGCACCUACCUUACCGAUGGCAGGUUUUAGACCGUGAUGGUGUGACCUGGAAGGACCUGCCAAACAUGGAAGACAUUGAGAAGGCCUAUUGUGACCCACAACAUGACACAAGCUGCACGGAUCAACCGUCGCCCACCUUAGGGAUUUUUAGAUUUCUGUCUUUGCAAAGCUCUGCAGCCUCUGUUGAGCAGUCUGUUGACUUCAUGAAAAUGACACAUGGAGAGUCUCCAGUUCGUCGCCUGUCCACUGCCUCUUCUGUCUCAAAGCCCCCUCACUUCAUUCUUACAACACAGUGGCUUUGGUACUGGAAGGAUGACAGCGGGAAAUGGCUGGAGUUUGGACAGGGUGACGGCAACACACCAGCCUCUGUCUCCUCUCAAACUCUGGAGAAUGUGUACCUUGCAGACAAAGAUACUGAGAUUCCUUUUGGUGCUGGCACACAGCAGUAUAUCCUGCACUUCAAAGGUGCAGCGGAAACACAGCAGAUGUAUCAGCAGAAUGUAAAAUACAAAACCAAGAGAGACGUCAGACGGAGACCUCGCUUUGUGUCUGCUCAUGAUGUGGAGGUGGCGCUGAAGGGUGCAUCUUCACACAGCUCCAGCUCUUCCACAGCUGAAAGUUUCCCACCAAACUGGGACAAGACUGCCCUACCGGAUUUUGGAUACAAGCUUGUACCUCUCUCCAAAUCUGCAAAGGAGUAUAAUAUGAUUUCGAUGUUGUUUAUGCGCACCAUGCCCCAGAGUAAAAUUAACAACAUCGAGAGGAUCCAAAACCCCUCUCUGUGGGAAAUCUUUCAGUGGCAGAAGGAGCAGAUGAAAAAGAAGAAUGAAGGGAAGGCUGUGAAUGAGCAGCACUUGUUUCAUGGGACAGACCAGUCCAUGAUUAAGGCAAUCUGUGAGCAAAACUUUGACUGGAGGAUGUGUGGUGUGCAUGGUACGGCAUACGGCAAAGGGAGCUACUUUGCCAGAGAUGCGUCCUACUCAGACAGAUAUGCCAGUGACAAAAGAAGACUGAGAAAGAUCAUGUUUGUUGCUCUGGUCCUGGUGGGGGAGUACACCAAGGGAAGCAGCAGCUAUGUUCGGCCCCCGCCAAAAGGAAGCAGCACAACCCUCUAUGACAGUUGCGUUAACAACGAGAGCAACCCCAGCAUCUAUGUUGUCUUUGAAAAACAUCAGAUUUAUCCAGAGUAUCUUAUCGACUAUUCAUAAAUCAAAGUUGCUGUCAUUUCAUUUUGUGAAGAUUUUGGUCUGGAUGGUAUUUUACUUUUGACUGGAAGCAGCUAGUGGCUUUGUUAGAUGUUGGUGGGGUUUUACAGCAACAGCAGAACUAUUCAGAUCCUAUAUUGAUGUUAUAGUAGUAAUACUACAAUGUAAAUUUGCAAUUAAAGGUUUUAUCAACAAAAUAUACUUGGUGUCAAAAGUAAAAGUACUCUUUAUGGAGCAGAGUGGCCUCUCUGAGUGUAAAUAUUAAAUACCACAUUAUGCGUUUUCAAUAAUGAUCCAAUAAACAGUUGAGCUUGAGCUAUAGCAAUGCAUUAGAUUUUAUAAACUCAUAAUUACAAUACAGUUACAAAGUGUUCCUCUGUAGGGGGAUAUAAGUGGAAGGUGGGAUAAAAUUAAGUAUUCAAUGGGAUGUUUAAGUGUGAUUAUUAAAGCACAUUCUGAUGAAUUUGUAAUGUCAGAAAAUACAAUAAAAAUAUUUUCCUUGA